AUGGAAGGUGCAGCCACGACCCUCCCGCUCCGGGAUCCCCCAGGACACAUCCAUCCCCAUUCCCGGGGCUCCUGGAAGCUCCAGCAGCACCUGCCUCGGCUCAGGGAGCACCAGGAGAGCAGCCCCGCUUUGUGGAGACCCUGGAUGCUCCCAGCAAGGGAUGGGGAGACCCCAGAGAAUCAACAACUGUCAGAACUGGAUGGUCAACUAAUAAACUGUAGAUCAAAAGGAGCCCUGGGGUUUCAACAUCCAGUGAGACUUUAUUUGCCCAAGUCCAAAUCCCAAAAGUUUCUUACUAACAUGGGAGAGAAGGUUCUGGCGAGUUUUCCAGUCCAAGCUACAAUUCACUUCUACAAUGAUGAUGAUGAUGCCAACUCUGAGGAAGAGGAAGAAGAAAUGAGUUCAGCCUGAUAAAGAACAGUGCUCAGCCUUGAGAAACACAAAAAUCAAGCUCAGAAAGUCGAGAGGUAAAAAAAAAAAAGAACUGUCAGAAAUACACGGACGAACAUCUGAGCAAAGAGAGAAACACAUCAAAGCUCAAAAUAUAAAAUUAUUUAUAACCAUCUUACCAAGGAGAAUGAGUCAAUGGAACUGGGAAAUAAGAG